UUGUACGUUUGGGCGUGCGCUGCCUCAGCGUGCAGUAUUACUAAAGCUGACGGGAAUGAGGUUUUAUUUAUUUCCUGGGCCUCUAGCUGUAGGAGAUUGGAGAGCAGCUGUUUGUUUCCUCAAGAGGUCACUGUCUGUGGGGAGACCUGCCCUGUGCUGGCUCCUGUGGGCUCACACAGCUGAAGUGAGCUUCAUUUUCUGUGGCAGAACUUAUGAGGGCUGGAUAUUGAUGUCUGCUGAAAAAUACGGAUUAUUGGAUUAAAAAGAAUUUUUUUCUUCUUAAGAAAAUGAUCUGUGAGAUGAUUUUCUAGCCCUUGGAUCUUUCCUUUGGAUUCUUUCCAGUUAGCCCACUAUCUUUCCUGAAGUGUGUUGCUCCAAACAGGACAAGACUUCAGCAGACGCUUUACCAGAGCCAACUGGACCGAGGAGACUCCUCAGCUGGUCUCAGUGGUGUCAGAAAGAUGAAUUUCCCCCUGAGCUUUUCUUCCCCACUCUGAGUUGUCUCAAGUACUCGUUCUCAACUCUGCUGCUGAUGUCCAUAUGAUUUGGUGUGGCUAUACUCAUAAACUAAAAAAUAUGUCCAUCCGAGGCCUGAAGAAGAAACAACCAAAGACUUUCAAAGUUAAAAUUGUAACAGUGGAUGCUGAAAUGGAGUUCAGCUGUGAGAUGAAGUGGAAGGGAAAGGACUUGUUUGACUUGGUGUGCCGAGCACUUGGUUUAAGGGAGACUUGGUUCUUUGGCUUGCAGUAUACAAUAAAAGGAAUGUGCACCUGGCUAAAGAUGGACAAAAAGGUUUUAGAUCAAGAAAUCCCCAAAGAAGAUCCCAUUAGCUUUCAUUUUUUGGCUAAAUUCUACCCAGAGAAGGUAGAAGAGGAACUAUUACAGGAAAUUACCCAGCAUUUAUUCUUCCUUCAGGUUAAGAAACAAAUACUGAAUGAGGAAAUAUAUUGUUCUCCAGAAGCAACAGUUUUACUGGCUUCUUAUGCUGUUCAGGCCAAGUAUGGUGACUACGACCCAAAUUUUCAUGAGCCAGGCUUUCUAGCCCAUGAUGAACUUUUACCCAAAAGGGUCCUCAGGCAGUAUCAGCUGACAGCAGAGAUGUGGGAAGAAAAGAUCACGGCUUGGUAUGCUGAGCAUAGGGGUAUCGCCAGGGAUGAAGCUGAGAUGAACUACCUGAAAAUUGCCCAAGACUUGGAAAUGUAUGGUGUCAAUUAUUUUCCAAUUGCUCAAAAUAAAAACCAUACAGAUCUCCUACUUGGAGUUGAUGCCAAAGGUAUUCAUAUCUACAGCAUUAAUAACAGGUUCUCUCCAAAUAAGUCGUUUGAGUGGAGUGCUAUCAGAAACAUUUCCUAUAGUGAGAAAGAGUUAACUAUUAAACCUCUUGACAAAAAAGCAGAAGUCUUCAAGUUCUUUUCCUCUCAACUCAAAGUGAACAAACUGAUUUUGCAGUUGUGCAUUGGAAACCACGACCUAUUUAUGAGGAGAAGGAAAGUGGACUCAAUAGAGAUCCAGCAAAUGAAAGCACAAGCCAAGGAAGAAAAAGCUAGAAAAAAGAUGGAGAAUCAAAGGCUGGCCAGGGAGAAGCAGCUCCGAGAAGAAGCUGAGCGAGCCAAAGAAGAGCUGGAAAGGCGUCUCUUCCAGCUGGAAGAUGAAGCCAGGCAGGCCAACGAGGCCCUGCUUCGAUCUCAGGAAGCAGCAGAGUUGCUGGCUGAGAAAGCUCAGAUUGCAGAGGAAGAGGCAAAAUUGCUGGCCCAGAACGCGGCAGAAGCUGAGCAAGAGCGACAGAGGCUGGAGAUCACGGCUCUGAAAACCAAGGAGGAGAAACGCCUGAUGGAGCAAAAGAUGCGGGAGGCAGAGCUAAUAGCAGUGAAGCUGGUGAAGGAGUCUGACCGGAGAGCCAAAGAAGCAGAGCAUCUGAAACAAGAUCUGCAUGAAGCCAGAGAGGCUGAACGGAAAGCAAAGCAGAAACUCUUAGACAUAACCAGGCUUAAUUAUCCUCACACGGUCAAGUACCCGCAAUACUUGCCAACUGAUACCAGAGAUGCCAACUUUGACAAAGGAUCCAUAAAGCUGGAUUUGAAGGACAUUGACCUCAAGAGACUAUCCUUUGAGAUAGAGAGAGAGAGGCUAGAUUACUUAGAAAAGAGCAGAAAAUUCGAAGAUCGACUGAAAGAACUGAAGUCUGAAAUUCACGCUUUGAAACUAGAAGAAAAACAGUCCGGGCUUUACUCUCAUUGGAAUGAAGUACUGGGAUCCUUGGAUCGCUCCUUAGGAAAUACUCCAUCAUGGAUGAAAACCUUUGAAACUGGAGAUUCAUUGGAUCUAAAUCUUCAAAGACCUUUCCCUGCUUACUCGUUAAAUACUACAAGCAGCUGGCCUUGUACCAACAAAAUUCAACACACAGUGCCAGUGGAAAAGUCAUCUUUUCAAGCAGAUUCCUUGGUUGCCAACACUGUGGGCACGGGAACCAGAAAACAGAUUAUAAAGGUUCAGCAGCAUGACUCGGAUGUGAUCUACAUUUGAAGCAUCUCAUUUCCUUACCAGACUGGUAGAACCUGGUGACCAUCUUUCUGGCUGAUGCAAAAUGCCCCUAUAGGAGGACACUUGUGCAGCUCUGUCUGACGGGUAUCAGCAUAAGAGACAUGGUACUAUAGUCAGAGCGAUGCCGUUCAGCUUCCAAGCAGCUAAUGUAAGCUGGGAGCACUAAAACUGCCAGUGUAAAAUGGCUGGUGUCUUUGGAUACAAUGGUAAGCAUACAAACCCAGAGGAGUAUUGUUUACUACUUAUGCACUUUUGAAGAAACACUUUAUACUUCUCUAAACCUUCUUCCUCCAGGUGUUUUUACACACUGACUUAUCAGUGUGGUAUUCCACUUUGUAGAAAGGACGCUAGGCAGCAAGUGUCCAGGAGAUGUUUGGGAUGAGAAAAAAAGUUGUAUAUGAGCUUGAUGUUUACCUACACAAUGGACUGAUUAUGGUUUUGGUUAGGUCCAUGGGACAUGACUCCCACAGAGCCGCUCAACAUUUUAUUGUUUGUCUGCCAAAUAUUUUCCUUUUCCUCCCCAAACACUUCGUGGUUCGCUUAAUGGAUUAGCAUUUCUCUGUGAGAAAUCUCAGCUUUUAACUCCUAGACGUAGAAGUGGACAUGUUCAAAUACCUCUCAUUCCUGGGGGAAUCCUUUGUCCAGAAUGCAAAGCUUCUGUUCUCUCUAUAGUUUCUGAAUAGAUCAAGCACUUUGUUUCUUUUGUGGUUCCAGCAAACUUUGCAUACCUUGUUUCCCAGUUCUGUGUUACACAGCUUCCAAAUUAGACAAAGACAAAAGAUGCUAUUGGUGUCUGCUAAAGUUGGACUUGUUUCUGAUGGACAGGUGCAUGCAGCAAAAUGUCUGCCUCAUUAGUAAAACCUGCUUGCAUCUUCUAAUUUUGUGUCUACGUUUGUGUAUGUUUCACCAUAAAUCUUCAGUUUGAGGACUUCUGGGGAAGCAGCCAAUAUGUAGCUGAAGCUAAAGUAGUAGCACAGCUGAGCAUGUGAUGUGAUAUAAAAAUGAAAGUUAAUGUUAAAUAUCUUGUUCUAAAAGCUAAGAUUAAGAAAAAUAUAUUCAAUAAAAGCUUCAAUUUCCACUUGCUAGUAA